AUGUCAUCUACCAGUAGUACAAGUUUCGAACGAUCAUUAGACGAGUUCCGGAGUCAUCUUUCCCAGGACCAGAAACGAGAAUUCAACAAAGCAAACCUCCAAGGCCUAGAUGCAGCGAUUCAACAGAUACAGGCCAAACUCGGCCGCGACAAGAGACUCUGCAACUUCAGAAGAAUUGAAAAGUUCCUCGAUGCCAUGAAGCACGUUGAACAACUCGUCUCCAUUUUCCUCAACGUUCAUGAGGUUGUGGCAUUCGUUUGGGGGCCCAUUAAGCUCGCUCUUAUAGCUGCCACAGUUUGGGCCGACUCCAUCAAGCAACUACUAGAUGCUUACGAGGAGAUUGGGGAGGCGCUCAGCAACCUCGUCUUCUUCCACACACUCAUCAAAAGCAACGGCGCAGAACACCUCAGGCAAGCCCUGGAGGACUACUUUUCUGACAUUCUUCGGUUCCAUCGCUGCGUUCUAGUUGUUUUUUCUCGACCUAAUUGGACAACGUUCUUCAAGGCGGCAUGGGGAAGCUUCCGGCGUCAGGUCGAGCCGAUCAUCCGGGCGCUCAAGCUUCGACAGGAGAAGCUAUCUCACCAGAGGCUGCAGGCACAUGCCAUCCAUCAAGGAGUUCAGGACUUUCGAGGGCAUGCUGAUGACCGGUUUGAUAGGCUUGAAGCAGAUCUCGACAGGAUCCGCAAUGCGUUGGCCUCUGAAUGCCUGAAGCGCCAGACAUCAGUUGAAGAUCAAGAUAUGAAGGAGUUUUUGGAGGACAAGCUCAAUAUUUCGAGGUUUGGGUCUCGCAGUCGGCUGGAUUCCCCGGGACUAAGCUCUCCAUCUGCCGGUGAUUGGAUCUUUCAGCAUCCUCACUUUCAGGCGUGGGAAAAGGCAGCAUCCUCUCAAGGAAAUGUUCUCUUCUUGAACGGCUCACCUGGCGCUGGUAAAACAACAUUGGCGAUGAAAGUCAUUCGCUACCUCGCGGGGAAGGACCCUAUCCAUGGCAGUACAGUCCACUUCCUCUUCAGACACGAUGAUGAUGAUCGAAAAUCUGCCAAGCCGAUGCUCCGAACGAUCCUGGCUCAGUUGAUUCAACAAGACGAAACCAUCAUGCGAUACUUAUAUGAGAAGUCCGCUCCCAUGAGCAGCAAUCUCGAGCUCUCUAGUCUCGCAACUCUUCAAGACUUGACCCGCGAGUGCUUGACCAGCCAACGCAGCGUAUCUGUGGUACUUGAUGGUCUUGACGAGUGUGCUGAGAACGAACCCAACGCAAUUGUUACCUGGUUUCUAGACAAGGUUCUUCCCUCCGCAGCCUCACGGGGUUGUCAUCUCAGAUUGCUGGUCUGCGGACAGAGAGACGGGCGACUCGAUCAACUGUUGUCAGCGCAGCCCCAGAUCAGGCUUGACACGCUUGAUUCUCACCAAAGGGACAUUGAGGAGUACUCGAAAUCUCGAGCCGCCGAGAUAUGCGCGAGGUUCUCCCAGGCACCGGAACAAGAAGAAGAGCUUGCCACCAAAGUAGCAAAGACAUCACAAGGCAUGUUCUUGUAUACUAAGGUCGUCAUGUCCAAUUUCUUAUCCAUGGAUUCGGUCGAUGAAUUUGAAGAUGAGAUGCAAAGCGACAGGUUCCCCGAAGACCUGUACAAAGCUUACGAGCGAAUCAUUCAAAGAGUGCUAGAAAAGUCCAAGCCAUCACGACAGAAGACGGUCAAGAAGAUCUUGGGUUGGAUCAUUUGCUCCCAGAGGCCUCUUCGAUGGCGCGAGAUACAGUCAAGGUUCUGCAUCAAUGCAGAAAAGGGAACCUGCAACCCCAAGCGUCGCCGCCUCGACAACUGCAAGGACAUCUGCAGCUCGCUCGUUGACGUCACGAUCUGCGAUAUGUUUGGGGGUCUUCAGUCCGAGCAGAUCAUACAGAUGGUCCACGAGACAGCUGGAAGCUUUCUCAGCUCUCAGCUCUCACCACCCACCACGAACACCCAACUUCUUCAGGUUCUACCACUACCACCAGCCAAAAUGUGCAACAUUUCGUACACCGCUGCCCGCUGCAUCCACUGCCGCAGUACCUUGCCCCGUCGGGAACAGGGUCGAGUUCAGUGCGAGGAUGUCCGCAAGGGCAGAAGCUGCCAGGGUCAAACCUCGGCGACCAGCUACUCGGACUUCGUCUGUAACGACUGCUUCCAGGAGCAGGCAGCUAACGAUGACAACUUGUACACCACCACCAAGAGCAAGAAGAAGUAG